CCUUCGUUCGAGCAGCCUUUUGCCUGGCUGAUUAUUUUUAUUUUUUCACAUUAUCAGUGCACAGGCUAAUUAUUUAUGGGCGAAGGUAGGAGGGAACGUUCUUCGAAACGCAGACACCGGUCGAAUCUCGGGAUCGGAAAGUCGUCAUCGGACACAGAGGUCGUGAGGUCAAACGUCAAAGGUCAUCGGAAGGUCAAAUCAAAGACAAAGGAAAAAUGGCAUUUUAUCGAAGGCUUGUCGGUGGACGAACUGGGCCGGUAUCGACGGAGACGUGUGCAGGGGCAUCCGAGGGACACGCUGGGAACGCACGAAGGGUUGGAUUCCAGGGAAAACCUGGUGACGGAGUAUCGAAGAGCUUUCCGAGCCACUAGCGAGGAUUCGUUGCUCAAAGUUUUCACGAAAAACGCCGCUGAAGCUCCGAUCGAGAGGGUGGAAACGGAAAGGAAAAUUAUCGAGCCAGUGGCUGAUGAACCGGCGCCAGUAGCCAGUCAAUUAUUCAAGGUCAAUGAUUCUGAUCAGAUGGAAACUGCUGUAGAAAGAACUCAGAAUAUGGGAGCUGCCAAUUUGCCUGGGAGGCCGCCCCUCAUGAGGAGGGGCACGAGUCUGCGACGCGAAGGUGACCAGUUUUACGCACACACGGAAUACUCGUCGUACGUACCUCACGAAGGUCAUCACAGAGCUGACCUUGCGCGGAGACCAACAUCUUUGCGAAUGGAGGGUAACAUGGGCACGACGACGGAACAGUGUGAAAAAUUCAUCGAGUGGUUGAACGUUAGUCGUCCAGCUCUGAUUCGUCUUCCAACCAAUUUGAAACUCGAGGGCGACCUUGAAACGACGACUGAGAGCCUCGACAAAUAUGUGCCUUUCGUCGGGGCACGAAGACCUGAAUUGCUCAGGCAAAAGGCCAAUUUGAAGCUUGAAGGUGACUCGACCUUUCUUCCGGAGUAUACCGACGUCUUUCGACCGCAUUACCUCAACGAAAGGAGAAUGCCAGUUUUACCGGAAUCGCAUCUCCAAACCGGAGGCAGUUUUUACGACGCUACGGAAAGUUGCCGGAUAAACGAACCGGUCGACAAGGAUGAUCUCAAGGAUAAUGCCCUCGAUGAAGAAUUAAGAAUUCGAAAUGAAAGGGAGGAAGAAAAACGAAGGAAGAAGGAAGACGAUAUGAAAGUGCUGGUCUCCAAACUGGAGGAGCUCAAAGGACCACCCUUGGAAGUACCCGAAUACAAAGAUGCUUACAAGGAUUUUCCUCGCGAGCGUCCAAAGCUGAUGAGACCGGAAGACGAGAUCGGCCGAGCGGAUGGUUCGAAGAUCCAUCCGGUUCAAAGUCCGUCCAAGUUCCCGACGAAGAUUGACCAGGAUCCCGAGUACAAUUCGACUUUAUUGAACAUGGAGCGUCCGGUGUACCGAAAACCUCCGUUGUCCUUGAAGCCGAGCGCGUCGGCUUCGAGCAGCGCUUUCGAGGGCCGAGCGACUCGUGAAUUUCGAGGGAAUGAGGUCACCAGUGAAAUAAGGUCGCAAUACGUCCCCUACGGGAACUUGCCACGGGUGGAAACCCUCAGGAUGCCGGCCAAUCUUCGUCUCGAAGGUGACAUCGACCUCCAGCCUGAAUACCGAGAAGCUUAUUGCGCGGGAAGAGAGAGCAGCGUCGCGAACGAGCCCAGGAUGCAUCGGCAUCGAGAUCGAAGUCUGAGCGCAUCGAGAAGACGCGACAAUCUCUGGAUAACCAAUAAUAAUGGCGAACAAUUCGGAAGCGUUAACGCUGCGGACGAGCAAGACGCUUUUCAGGUCCUCAACACGAGGAUUCAUUCGGAAAAUGUUGUCGCGAAACCGCCUUUGGAAAAUAGAAGAGGCUCGAGACUUUCGCACAUGCAGGGGCCAACUUAUCACCGACCUACACACUUGGACUUGGUCAAUUCAUCCCCAAACGCUAGAAAUCGUUCGCCCAGUCCCUAUCGACUUCAGGUGCAAAACGUUGACGCCGAAUCACGUGGUUUCCCCCACCGAAGGCCCUCUCUCUCCCAACAAUACUCCGAAAAACCUCGAGCUCCUUCCCCAGACCGCCUCCACGAUUACGAUCAACAGCAACGAUCUUAUUCCCCUAGUUUUGGAAGAAUUCCCCCCAGAAAAGAAGAAUCCGAUGAUCAGGCUUUCGUCGUGCUCGAUAAUGCCCGAAAUGAUCGCCUUCCCGACAAUCGAGCCCUCGAAAACCGAGCCAGUAGGCCUCUCGUUCAUCAAAACUUCAAUCCUACGGGGCCCACAAGGGGACGCCCAAGGAACAGUACACCGACGAACUGGAUGCCACCAUGGUACGAUAACACGAAGACCAUUUAAUAGCGUGUUCCAAAGAUUUAUUAAAAAAAAAAAAAAAAAAUCAAAUGAAAUGUCAUUAAAAAAUGGAUUUUAAUGAAUUACUUCGAAAAUGGAAUAAAAUAUUGAAAAAUUCAAUUAAUUUAAUUGGAAAAUUUAUAUAAUUGCAUUGAAUUAUUAUUUAAAAAAAAAAAAUUAUUUAUGAACUUUUUCUUCAACAUUAAUGCAGUUUUAAGCUCUGCUCAAGUUCAUUUCAUGUCGAAGCUAUGUUUUUAAAAUUUAACUCAGCUUGAACUGUGCCGGCAGCAUCCAUAUAUUGGUGCAUCGAAAAAAUUUCAUUGAA